UAUCUCUUUUAUCUCACUCACUUAUCCUUAUCUUCCAGGUUCCAGUUGAAACAACACUUCCUCCAGAAAAUAUUCUUGGAUUCCUCCAGACUGGUGGAGCUUCUCUGCUAUUUCCUCCCAUAAUAUCCCCAUCCAUAUCCAGCACUUUAAAUUUUGUACUGAAAUUUCCUGUUUUCUAGACCUCCUUAUAGACUAUAUAUUAUUUGAGGGUAAGGACAGUGUCUUGACUUUGCUUUCCUUUUCCAGGAUGAAAGAUGUCUCAGUGCACCAUUCUCCCUGGUUCUCUUUGAAUUGUCUUCUCCUAUGAGGCCAUGAGUGUCCUGACUUCCACUCCCACACAUGCAGCCAUACUCCCCAAACUGGACCCAUGUAACAGAGUUUGUCAUGGUGGGUUUUGUUGGGGUGCAUGAAGCACGCCUCCUCUUCUUUACACUCUUUCUCACCAUGUACCUGUUCACCUUGGUGGAGAACCUGGCCAUCAUUUUGGUGGUGGCUUUGAACCAUUGGCUACAAAGACCCAUGUAUUUCUUCCUGACGCACCUGUCCUGCCUUGAAAUUUGGUAUACUUCAGUGACAGUGCCUAAGAUGCUAGCUGGUUUUAUUGGGGUUGGUGGGGGCAAGAAUAUCUCCUAUGCUGGGUGCCUGUCCCAGCUCUUCAUCUUUACCUUCCUGGGGGCAACUGAGUGUUUCCUACUGGCUGCCAUGGCCUAUGACCGCUAUGUGGCCAUUUGUAUGCCACUCCGAUAUGGGGCCUUGGUGUCGUGGGGCACCUGCAUCCGUCUGGCAGCUGCCUGUUGGCUGGGGGGCCUCCUCACACCUAUUUUGCCUAUCUACCUCAUGUCCCAGCUGACAUUUUGUGGUCCCAAUGUCAUCGACCACUUCUUCUGUGAUGCCUCGCCCCUGCUAGCCUUGUCCUGCUCAGAUGUCACCCUGAAGGAGACCACAGAUUUUCUAGUCUCUCUGGCGGUGCUUCUGGCCUCCUCUACGGUCAUUUCUGUGUCCUACAGCAAUAUCGUCUGGACGUUGCUGCAUAUCCGUUCAGCUGCUGAGCGCAGAAAGGCCUUCUCCACUUGUGUGGCUCACCUGACCGUGGUGAGCCUCUUCUAUGGCACUCUUUUCUUUAUGUAUGUCCGGACCAAAGUGGCAUCCUCCAUCAACUUCAACAAGGUGGUGUCUGUCUUCUACUCCAUUGUCACACCAAUGCUCAACCCCCUCAUCUACAGUCUUCGAAACAAGGAGGUGAAGGGAGCUCUGGGCCAAGUCUUUUCCUUCAGGUCUUGGGUAGGUCAGUGAGGAGGCAGGUGGGGACCUAGUUUCCUUGACUUGGCUUUUCAGAAGGAGGGUGGAGAGGACUAUGGGAGAGAGCAGUGACCUGCAUAGUCAGGAACCAUGGAUUAGGUAUCAGUUAAAGUAAAAUGUUCAUCUGCUAUAACAAGAGACAUCUAACUAUAAUGUGGUUUAAAGAGGGAAGAUUUCCUCUUUUCUGCACCAGUCCAGAGUGAGUGUUCCAGGCUGAUGAGUGGCUCUGGUCAACAGGCAUUCAAAGAACCAAGUUCUUCCAUCCAUAGGGUCAACAUCCCUUAGGAUGCUGGCAAACUGAGGGCUGUGGGCCAAAUCCAACUCAGCACUUGUUUUUAAUGACCUGGGAGCUAAGAAUGGUUUUUAUACUUUUAAUACUUGAUUGUAAACAUAUCAAGAGAAGAAUAAUAUUUCAUGAUGCAUAAUCCUUUAAUAAAAUUAAGAUUUCAGUGUCAAUAAAUCAAGUUUUACUAGAA